AUGUCAUCGUCUCCAGAAUACCGAGCAGGCAAACGGCCACGUACCCAGUCGCUUCCUCCUCCGGCAUUGCCGCAGUUGGUGGCCGAGCAGCACGUCGCAAUUGCCCCAACUGACAAGGACACGAAACGACUUGUCGUCGUUCUCUCGAAUGCCAGCCUUGAAACUUACAAAGCCUCACAUGGCGGAGCCAGCCGCAUGGGCGCGCAGCGAGAGGACAAGUACUCAUUGCUCAACAGCGACGAGCACAUAGGCGUGAUGCGCAAGAUGAACCGGGACAUUAGCGACGCCCGGCCGGAUAUUACACAUCAGUGCUUGCUCACUCUCCUCGACUCACCGGUCAACAAGGCAGGAAAGUUGCAAAUUUACAUUCAGACGGCCAAGGGUGUGUUGAUCGAGGUAUCGCCAUCAGUCCGCAUCCCCCGAACCUUCAAGCGGUUCGCUGGCCUGAUGGUUCAGCUUCUGCAUCGCCUCUCCAUCAAGGGCACGAACUCGCAAGAGAAGCUUCUGAAGGUCAUCCAAAACCCAAUCACCGAUCAUCUUCCCCCCAACUGCCGGAAGAUAACGCUCAGCUUCGACGCUCCCGUCGUGAGAGUCCGCGAGUACAUCGACACUCUUGGGCCCAACGAGAGCAUCUGCGUUUUUGUUGGCGCCAUGGCCAAAGGCGAAGACAACUUCGCGGAUGGAUAUGUGGAUGAGAAGAUCUCGAUCAGCAACUACAGUCUAUCUGCCAGCGUCGCGUGCAGCAAGUUCUGCCACGCUGCCGAGGACUCGUGGGACAUUCUCUAG